AUGGCCGGCGUCGAGUUCGAGAAUGUCGAGGAGGCGUUGGAGAAGGGGUUGAGCGGACGGGAACUCGACGAAGUCACCCGGAUUCUCUAUGGGAAAAAAUUAGAAAAGCUCGAGAUUCCUUUGGCUGCCGUGGCAGCAGCGGAGAAAGCCGGCUUCGAAGUGAAAGGGUACAUUGCUACCGCUCAACGAGAGCAAUUGAGAGCACCAAGAAAGGUUCGAAUUGCGGCCAUCCAAAACGCGAUCGUUCUUCCCACCACCUAUCCGGUCGCCGAGCAAAGACACGCCAUUUUUAUGAGAAUAGAGCAACUCAUCGAUGCGGCGGCUCUCUGUGGAGCAAACAUUGUCUGCCUUCAGGAGGCUUGGACAAUGCCAUUUGCUUUUUGCACCCGUGAGCGUCUACCGUGGACCGAGUUCGCCGAGAGUGCCGAGACCGGUCCAUCAACUCAAUUUUUGCAAAAGCUAGCCGGAAAGUACAACAUGGUCAUUGUUUCGCCAAUUCUUGAGCGCGAUGAGGCUAAAGAUGAAGUGAUCUGGAAUACGGCUGUUGUCAUCUCAAACAAGGGACAUGUGAUCGGAAAAUCGCGAAAGAACCAUAUUCCCCGUGUCGGCGACUUUAACGAGAGUACUUAUUACAUGGAGUCUCAAUUGGGACAUCCAGUUUUCGAUACGGCUUUUGGCAAAUUCGGUAUCAACAUUUGCUAUGGACGUCACCAUCCACAAAAUUGGAUGAUGUACGCGUUGAACGGUGCAGAGAUAAUUUUCAACCCAUCGGCCACUGUCGGAGGAUUGAGUGAGCCUCUUUGGGGUAUCGAGGCAAGAAACGCAGCGAUUGCCAAUCAUUGUUUCACGGUAGGCAUCAAUCGUGUCGGAACCGAGGCUUUCCCUAAUGAGUUCACUUCUGGAAACGGGUUGCCAGCCCACAAAGACUUUGGUCACUUUUACGGAAGCAGCUACGUGGCAUGCCCCGAUGGUUCAAGAACCCCGUCACUUUCUCGAACAAAAGAUGGAGUGUUGAUCACUGAAGUCGAUCUAAAUCAAUGCAGACAAGUCAAAGAUCACUGGGGAUUCAGAAUGACCCAACGUCUCGACUUAUACGCUCGUUCGUUCACCGAAGCCGCCAAACCCGACUACAAGCCACAAAUCAUUCGUGAUUUU